UUUAGUUAAAUUUAGUUCAACUUAGUAUUAUAUACAGAAUAUUGUUGAUGAUUUAUUACGAUGUACAGUUUCACCAAUAUUUACAAUCACACCAAUUCUUACAAAGAUUUCAAAAGUUAUAGAGAAAGAUAUCCGAAUUUCAUAGAUCGGGUCUGGAUGGUCCGCGAAAUGGUCCUGGUUGGGUUGUAAUUAUGCAAGUUUCUGUUGGUCAUGUGGUCUUUUAAUAAAUUUUCGUAUUUAAAUAAAGAAUUAUUUAAUUCUAAAUUUGGGCAGUUUCGGGCAGGAGUAUCACAGCUCUUUUUUUUUCGGGCAGGAGUACCUGAGCGUUUGAUUCGAAAAUACCUAUAUAGUUCUGCUAAUCACGUAAUAUUCACUCAAAACACAAAUCAACUUAACAACAACACGCAAUAACGAGAUCAACAACAGAAAAAUAUCAAAUCAAGAAUGUCGAUGUUUCUCUAUUUCAUUUUGUCAUUGCCUCUCUUUUUUAUUUUCUUCAAAAGGCUCUCAAAAUCUAAGGGGAAGCUUCCCCCGGGACCUAUAGGUCUUCCGAUCAUCGGAAACUUACACCAACUUGGAAAAUCUCUUCACAAGUCAUUUCAUAAACUCUCUCAAGAGUAUGGACCCGUGAUGUUUCUUAGAUUCGGCGUGGUCCCUGUGGUUGUCUUCUCCACAAGAGAAGCAGCUGAAGAAGUUCUCAAGACUCAUGAUCUCGAGACUUGUACCCGACCAAAGCUAACCGCGACCAAGUUGUUCUCUUACAACUACAAAGACAUUGGUUUUGCUCAAUACGGUGAUGAUUGGAGAGAGAUGAGAAAGCUUGCGAUGCUCGAGCUCUUUAGCUCCAAAAAACUUAAAGCGUUCAGGUAUAUCAGAGAAGAAGAGAGUGAAUUGCUCGUCAAGAAAUUCUCGAAAUCUGCCGAGACACAAACUUCGGUGGAUUUGAGAAAAGCUCUUUUCUCUCUUACCGCGAGUAUCAUAUGUAGACUCGCUUUUGGACAGAACUUCCACGAGUGCGAUUUUGUCGAUAUGGACAAAGUUGAAGAACUUGUGCUCGAGUCUGAGACCAAUCUUGGCUCAUUCGCGUUCACUGAUUUCUUCCCCGCGGGUCUUGGGUGGAUUAUAGACCGGAUCUCUGGCCAACAUUCUGAUUUGCACAAAGCAUUUGCAAGACUUAGUAAUUUCUUUCAACAUGUGAUCGAUGAUCAUUUAAAGCCUGAACAAUCUCAAGAUCAUUCAGACAUCAUUGGUGUCAUGUUGGAUAUGAUCAAUAAAGAGAGCAAAGUAGGCUCUUUUAAAGUCACCUAUGACCAUCUUAAAGGAGUCAUGUCGGAUGUAUUUUUGGCGGGAGUAAACGCAGGAGCGAUAACGAUGAUAUGGGCCAUGACAGAGCUGACAAGACAUCCAAAAGUGAUGAAAAAACUCCAACAAGAAAUUCGAGCAACUCUUGGAGACAACAAAGAAAAAAUCACGGAACAAGAUUUGGAGAAAGUGCACUACUUGAAACUUGUGAUACAAGAAACUUUCAGACUACACCCACCAGCUCCGCUCUUGCUCCCAAGAGAGACUAUGUCUGACAUCAAGAUUCAAGGUUACAACAUUCCUAAAAACACAAUGAUUGAGAUCAACACUUACGCAAUAGGACGCGAUCCCAAUUGCUGGACGAACCCUAACGAGUUUAUCCCCGAGAGGUUUAUAGAUAACCCUAUAGACUACAAGGGUCAGCAUUUUGAACUGUUGCCAUUCGGUGGAGGACGUAGGAUCUGUCCCGGGAUGGCCACUGGGAUGACCAUCGUGGAGCUCGGUCUACUUAAUGUUCUUUACUUCUUUGACUGGAGUUUGCCCGAUGGUAUGACUAUUGAAGACAUUAACAUGGAAGAAGCUGGAGCUUUCGUCAUAGCCAAGAAAGUCCCGCUUGAGCUGGUUCCAGUUAUUCAUUACUGAUGGCUGAUGACACCGUUUGAAUUCCCUAUGUUCGGCUCUUCGCAGUCUUACGAUUAAUUCUUUUGUCUGUUUAUUGUUUUGUGUAGGUUCCCUAACGUCACUUGUUUGUUUAUUAAAUUC